UCCAUGGACCCUCCCCGUCCACACGUCAUGCUCCCAUGUUCACAGUCAGGCGGCAACUGAGCAAUCGCUUGCCCACUUGCAUAUCCUCAAUUGGACGCUCCUACCACGGCUUUCCCGUCAUGGCGAAUCGAGACUACGCAGCGGCCGUUGCGGCCCUCAAUACGCUGCAGUCCAACUUCUCCAUUGUCGACGCCAUCCGGAAGUCGGGCAAGGGCAUGAACAAGCAGGCCAUCCCCGAGAUGAUUGAGUGGUGUCGCAAAAUUGGAUAUGAGCCCUCCGAUUUCGACCGCUUGAAGCCCAUUCACAUUGCCGGAACCAAGGGGAAGGGCUCUACGAGUGCCUUUGUUUCCUCCAUCCUCUCGCAAUACCUUCCUUCCACACCCGACCCUUCCACCCGACCCUCCAAGACGGGACUGUAUACGUCACCCCAUCUGCGAUUUGUACGUGAACGAAUACAGAUCAACCAUGAGCCCAUAUCCGAGGAAAUGUUUGCCAAAUACUUCUUUGAGAUUUGGGAUCGCCUGGAGGCGGCAUCAAAGGCAGCCGGCACCCCCGCGGAUGCGCCUACGAAACCAGUCUAUUUUCGAUAUUUGACCCUCAUGGCUCUUCAUGCUUACUUAGAGGAGGGUGUUGAUACGGCUAUCAUGGAAUGCGGUAUUGGAGGGGAAUACGAUAGCACCAACAUCUUGACAAAGCCAUCGGUCACAGCUGUCACAAGCUUGGGAAUUGAUCAUACGGCUAUGCUUGGAACCACUUUGCCCGAAAUUGCCUGGCAUAAGGCAGGCAUCUUCAAACCAGGUGUUGUUGCAUUCACCGCACCCCAGAAAGAGGAAGCCAUGACUGUACUCCAAGAACGAGCCGCGGAGCGGAACACAGCGUUACAUGCCAUUCAGGUCCAUCCCGCCCUGAGCAACAAUGAAAUCAAGCUUGGUCUUUCCGCCGAGUUCCAGAAAAUCAAUGCUUCAGUCGCCAUAGCAGUUGCUGCUGCUCACCUUCGCUCUCUCGGGCAUACUUCUAUUCCAGACCCGACCAAAACACCGCACAUCGACUUGCCCUCCCAGUUCAUCAGAGGAUUGGAGAGUGUGCGCUGGCCAGGUCGCUGCGAGGUGCGACGUGAACCAGAAAUAGCAUGGCAUAUUGAUGGUGGUCAUACUUUGGAGAGCAUCGAAGUGACGGGUCGCUGGUUUGCUGAGCAGAUGGCUUUGUCCAAGGCCUCUCCGAUAUCUUCAACACCACGCGUUCUGAUUUUCAAUCAACAGACGCGUGACGCAGGCGCACUCGCGAAAGCCCUCUACGCGGCCCUUCAAACGGGUAUAACAUCCGGAACUACAUCACCCUUUACCCAUGUUAUAUUCACCACGAACCAGACCUUCAAUGAAGGCUACAGACCGGAUCUCGUGUCAAUCAACGUGAACCAGCAAGACGUUGAUACGUUAGCGGUGCAAAAGGCACUUGCAUCCACAUGGUCGGAUGUUGAUGGCACAGCCAAUGUGUCAGUCGUCAAAACAAUUGAGGAAGCCAUAACAGCAGCGAGAGGCGUUGCGAGUGAAUGGUCCGGGAAGCAUCCCGAUGAGUCAGCAAUCAUGGUAUUGGUCACAGGGAGUUUGCAUUUGGUGGGCGGAGCGAUCGAGGUACUGGAAACCGUUACGAAGUCAUAA